AUUUUGUGUAACAGUUAUAAAAAUUAUUUUAAUAAAAUAAUUUAUUAUUAUUCUAAUAACCAAUAAAAUGAAAAUCAUAUAUUUAAUAAUAAUAUAUUUAUAUUUUGGUAUGUUGGUAAAAGCAACAUAUAUUUUUAAUGAAACAAAUAUUCCAAGUUAUAUAACAGUUAGUAAUUAUAAGAUUAAAAGUGUGGAUACAAAUAAAAUGGAUCUAUUUAAAGAUUAUGUUGAAAAAUCUUUAUCAAAUAGUUAUUAUGUAUUUCAAUAUAACAAUACUCAUAAAAUGGUUUUUAUCUCCGAGAGUCAUCGAUUUGAAAUUAAGAAAAAAGCAGGAAGAUUUGUAACUGGCUGGUUUUUAACAAACUACGAUAUCCAACAUUCAUUAGUGUGCCAAAAUGAAGGGUACACUUCAGAUUUGGUGUUCCCUCUUGUUUCUCCCAAAACAAUUAAUAAUGAAAACAUUGUCGAAUCUUCUUCCUAUAACUCUGAUACUUUCAAAGCUUUUGGGAGCGUUGGAACUUCAAAAAUUGGUAUUGGUCUUGGUUAUGAACACUCUUGGGGUCAAUCGUUUUCUAGAACUGUAAAAAUGGACAAAUGGUCAGUAAUUUCUUCAAUGUCCAAUGAUGAAACCUCUCUUUUUUCAUUUUAUCAGAGCUUUCCAUGGGCAAUUAAAAAAGGAAAUGGACCUCAUAAUUUUAAUGAUUUUGCCUCACAAUCAUUUGAUAGCCAAGGCAAAUCAACAAUUUCCGAGAUGUCUUACACUUUCCAUGCUGAUGUUUUUGUACCAUUUAUUACCAACUCCCAGUGUGUUGGGGUCUUAAAUACAGUAAUCACCCCAACAAUGGGACUCAUAAUGGACAAAGUUUUGCACCUUAAAAGUAUGACCUAUACCUAUCAACAAACUAUGGCAAAAUAAAACCUUACGUACAAUCCAAAUUAUCUUUUUCAUUAAUAAUUUUAAAUUUUAAAAAAAUCAAUAAAAAAUUACAAUUUUUUUUUUUU